CUGUCGUGUCACUCCCACGGCUCAGUCCCAAUGGCUGCGGCGGUUUCUCGCAGAUUUCGCGAUCUGCUGACGCGGCGACUGAUGACCCCCACCCACCCGGGUCUCCACCUUAGCCUUCGCCCCAUGGGCUCCUCUGCACCAGAUGAGGCCACCACAGCAGCCCUAGAUCACAACUAUGAGUCCCUUCUGGUGAUACCUGUCCAGAAACACGUUUUGCAUGUGCAGCUAAACCGGCCUGACAAGAGGAAUGCCAUGAACAAGGCCUUCUGGAGCGAGAUGGUGGAGUGCUUUAACAAGAUCGCUCAAGACACCGACUGCCGGGCCGUGGUGAUCUCUGGUGCAGGAAAAAUGUUCACUGCAGGUAUCGACUUCCUGGACGUGGUUUCAAACCUCCUGCAGCCCCAAGGAGAUGACGCAGCCCGCAUCAGCUGGAAACUUUGUAAGCUCAUCACCAGAUACCAGGAGACCUUCAGCGUCAUUGAGAAGUGCCCCAAGCCUGUGAUUGCCGCUAUCCAUGGGGGCUGCAUUGGUGGAGGUGUGGAUCUCAUCACCGCCUGUGAUAUCCGCUACUGUGCCCAGGAUGCUUACUUCCAGGUGAAGGAGGUGGACGUGGGUUUGGCUGCCGAUGUAGGAACGCUGCAGCGACUGCCCAAGGUCAUCGGGAACCAGAGCCUGGUCCGUGAGCUGGCCUUCACCGCCCGCAAGAUGAUGGCUGAUGAGGCCCUGGGCAGCGGGCUGGUCAGCCGGGUGUUCCCAGACAAGGAGGUCAUGCUCGACGCGGCCUUUGCCCUGGCGGCUGAGAUCUCCAGCAAGAGCCCGGUGGCGGUGCAGAGUACCAAAAUCAACUUGCUCUACUCCCGUGACCAUUCAGUGGCCGAGAGUCUCAACUACGUGGCAACCUGGAAUAUGAGCAUGCUGCAAACCAAGGACAUCGUUAAGUCUGUCCAGGCCACAAUGGAGAAGAAGGAACUGAAAAGCGUCACCUUCUCCAAGCUCUGAGAGCCCUGGUGUCCCAGGCGCUGGCUUGGGGCUGGCUUUGUCCCGCCUCAUGCCCAUGUGUCCUCAUCGGCAGAGAGGGAGGAUUGGUGAAGCUGGUCGUCUUGGUGCCUUCUCCCGUAGUCUCCCAGUUUAUAAAUUAAUGACACUGAUUUCCUGAAGCCCAGGGCCUUAUCUUCAGCCUAUGAACAAUAAAGCAAUGUAAAAAAA